AGGCCACCCUCAUCUUUUUAGUAAUAUUCUACUUGAUAACUAGUUCUUGUCCUUUUCUUUUAAACACGCUAUAUAUUACGUUUUCCCCGUAACGUAACACGGCUUCGUCCUUCCAUAAAUCAGGCCAGCCUCAGGCGACUCGCAGGGGGGACAACUCUCUCGGCUCAGCGCCGGCCACCUGGCAGGAGUAGACACGCACAAUCCCACAUACCUUUAGCGUUUCUUUUUACCUUCUGAAUCCAGUUUUAAAUAAGAAAAGGGAGAAUACCACGCGACCUUGCCAAUGAAAUCACCUUGACUCUGUUGAAUCCAACAGAAUACCCAGGAUGAACUCUGUGCUAACGAUAAUCGUCUUGCUGUGCUUGCCAGUGCAGAUCUCAGCACAAAAAGUGACCAGUGCAGGACAACUUGGACAAACUGACUGCUCCGUCACACUCUACUUUGUAGUGGAUACGUCCGAGAGUGUUGCCCUUUAUGAAUUUCCUUCAGGAUUUCUUGUGGAGGAACUUAAAACUUUCCUAAAGCUACUGAUCCAGCAACUGCAAAGCACAGUCGUCCAGGCCAGAAGAAUCAAAUGGUCGUAUGGUGGGGCCCAUUUUUCCGACAGAGUUGAACCUUUCAGUUCGGUCACCAGAGAUGCGAUGCAGUUCCUUCAGAGUGUAAACUCCAUCAGUUAUAUUGGCCGGGGGACUUUCCUCGACUGCGCUUUGAGGAACAUGACAGAGCAGGUGAAGAUGGCAGCCUCUGAUCGCCCUCUGCUGCAGUUUGCCGUGGUUGUAACAGACGGCCACAUUACUGGAAGUCCAUGUGGGGGAGUGCAGCAGGCGGCGGAAAAUGCGAAAGCCGCUGGAAUAAAAGUGUUUUCCGUAGCCACAGGGUUUGAAAACAUGGAGGAGGAACUGCUGCAGGUGGCGAGCACUCCUGUUGAACUCUAUCGCAAGAAUUACACCGCACACCCAAACGGAAACAGACAAUUUACCAUCAACAGGAUCACUGACAUUAUUAACAAAGACGUGGAGCAUGAGUGUGCUGAACCAGAGUGUCUGCAAACGAAAGGCUUACCAGGACCCAAAGGAUUUAAAGGCGUGAAGGGUUCUAAGGGUAAUGUUGGUCAGAUGGGUGAGCCCGGAAGUCCAGGACCGAGGGGAGAUCCAGGAAUUGAAGGACCAAUUGGACUACCAGGUGUCAAGGGAAACCCGGGUCCUAAAGGAGAAAAAGGAGAUCAAGGUUCCAGUGGUUCAAAGGGAGAAACAGGCAAACCAGGAUAUAAUGGGCUGGAAGGCCAAAAGGGAAAGCGUGGCAGAAUUGGUACCCCAGGUUGCAAAGGAGAUUCUGGAAUUAAGGGAGAAAGUGGUCUAUCUGGUGAUUUUGGAUUAAAGGGUAUACAAGGAGAUCCAGGAGAAAAGGGAGCAGCUGGGGAGAUGGGCAGAACAGGUCCUCAAGGAGCAAAAGGAGAUGACGGGGAAAAGGGCAUCAGAGGUUAUGCUGGAAGCCCAGGAGAGACAGGACAAAAGGGACCCAAGGGAAUUUCAGGCCCACCUGGAGACUUGGGUGACCAGGGGAUGAGAGGUGAAAGUGGAAAGGUGGGACUGCGUGGCACACCUGGAAGAAAAGGAGAAAAGGGAGCACUUGGAGCUGAAGGCCCUCGAGGCGCACCAGGCAGCACUGGCGAGAAGGGCGUCAAUGGUGCACCGGGAUUCCAAGGUGCUAGGGGUACUCCUGGUGAGACUGGAAAUGCUGGAACUUCAGGCUCACCAGGAGAUACAGGAAAUGCGGGACCUCGAGGUGAUAUUGGCCCACAAGGAGCUAAGGGUGAUAAAGGCAAAGAUGGCUACAGCUACGCAGGUACAAGAGGAAUACAGGGAGAUCGAGGAGAUCCUGGAUUUCAAGGACUGCAGGGUCCCAGGGGUCAUUUUGGAGAGAAAGGAACACCAGGACCCAAAGGGAGCAAAGGAGAAGCGGGACAUCCGGGCCCAGAAGGUGUUCCAGGAGAGAGGGGACCAAGAGGCAGUCCAGGCAUACGGGGCCCUCCUGGAAUUCGGGGUGCUCCGGGUAUAACUGACUGCGACAUCAUGAGUUACGUGAGAGAGACGUGCGGCUGCUGUGAAUGCCAGAGGGAGUGCCCACCUUUAGAUGUUGUGUUUGUGAUUGACAGCUCCGAGAGCGUCGGAAGGACCAACUUCACGCUUGCUAAAUACUUUGUCAUAAAUAUUGCAAGCAGAUUAGGAAAGAUGGCCAGAAACACAUCAGAUCCAUGUGGUUCCCGGCUUGGAGUCGUUCAGUACAGCCAUGAAGGAGCCGUUCAGUCAGUCCGAUUUGACGAUAGCGAAAUUACCUCUGUGUCCUCCUUUGUGGCAAAAGUGAAAGGCUUACAGUGGAUAGCAGGAGGAACAUGGACACCAUCAGCCUUGAGAUACACAUAUGAAGAGCUCAUCCUCCCCAGCAGACGAGCCAGCACUAAAGUGUUAGCCAUCGUCAUAACAGAUGGCCGCUAUGAUCCAAAAGACCCCAGCAACCUAGAAGCCUUGUGCCAAAACGUGGAGGUUUACGCGAUUGGGAUAGGGGACGACUUGCACCAUGAAGCAGAGCAUGCAUCUUUGAGAAGAAUUGCAUGCAACCGUGAAGACAGAUUUGAGGUGCUCAGUGUUUACGCCCAGCUGGCCGCCGAGGAGUUUCAGGAGACAAUCGAAAAGAUUGUCUGUCCAGAGCCAACAGUCACCUGCCCGGAGCUAAAGUGUGCACCAGAUGUUCAGGUUGCUCCGCUUGUGCUGCGACCCGUGGACCUUCUCUUCUUUGUGGAUGGCUCAGAGCGCACCGGAGAGGAAAACUUUUCCACGUUUCUCCGUUUCAUCCACCGGCUCUCUCAAGAAAUAUGCCUGGCGCAAAAAGAUGAUGAUGACCAAGGAGCGCGAAUUGCCAUCCUGCAGUUCGGAGGUGAAACUGAGCAGGACGUACUUCUUGACCUGUCAUACAAUGUCAGUCGCAUAGAAUCUUUAAUAUCCAAGGCUGUAUAUCGUGACUCUUCCUCCCACCUGGGGAGUGCAAUAUUUUACGCCACUGACAAGAUGAUAAGAAAUCGCAACGGGAAAUUAAAAGGGCUACGGAAAAAUGCUGAAAUAUCUUUUGUCUUUUUGACGGAUGGUGUAACCAAUUUUAAAAAUUUCCAGGAGGCUGUCAACUCAAUGAGAAAUGCAAAUGUUGUUCCCCUUGCAAUCUCUGUCGGUUCAAAUAUCGAUAAGGAGGUGUUAUUGCACCUCGUCCUUAACGAACGCUCAUCACUGUUUCAUUUAAAGGACUAUAAGGAUUUGGUUUCUGGAAAAUUUAUUAGGAGUAUUGCUGCUUACUUGGGCUGAGUUUUUGCUUAUCUUGUAUUCAGUUUCCUGUAUGUGCUGCGAGAUGUAAAAGGUGUAUUAGGCAUUGAGUUGUGCUCCUAAUCUAAUUUCAUUUUUUUUAUAGUAGUUGCAAUUCUUGUGUGAUUUUGUAAAAACGUAAUCAACCUC